AUGAAGUUGAUUCAGACUGUGCGGGACGGUGCCGGACCAUCGUAUUCCUCUUAUCCUGAGGAACCUCAGACUGUGCGGGACGGUGCCAUUCUUCCAACAGAUAAGCCAUUUUCCUGUGCUGAGUGCGGGAAGUGUUUUAAUUUUCAAGGCAAUCUUAAGAAGCAUAAAAGAUUUCACACAGGUGAGAAGCCGUAUUCCUGUCCUGAGUGCGGGAAAUGUUUUUCUCAGAAGUCCCAUCUUUCAGCACAUCAGAGAGUGCACACGGGGGAGAAGCCUUAUUCCUGUGCUGAGUGUGGAAAAUGUUUUAGGCAGCUUUCAAAUCUUACAACACAUCAGAGAUCUCACACGGGGGAGAAGCCAUUUUUCUGUGCUGAGUGUGGAAAAAGUUUUGCAAUGAAAUCAGUUCUUAUCACACAUCAGAGAUCUCACACCGGGGAGAAGCCGUAUUCCUGUCCUAAAUGCGGGAAAGGCUUUUCACAGAAGCCACAUCUUGCCGCACACCAAAGGACUCAUGAGGCUUUCUGUUCUGAGUGUAGGAAAUGUUUUCUAAAAGAAUCGGCUCUUGUCAAACAUCUGAAGUCUCACAUGAGAAUCGAGAAGCGAUUUCCCUGUCCUGAAUGCGGGAAAUGUUUUUCACAGAAGUCCAAUCUUCGCAGACAUCAGAAAUUGCACACGGGUGAGAAGCCGUAUUCC